GGCGGCUUCGGGGGUCUCCGCGUUGUCACUCGCGCUCGGUCCCCCGGGGCCACCAUGCGCUACAACGAAAAGGAGCUGCAGGCGCUGUCCCGGCAGCCCGCCGAGCUGGCAGCGGAGCUGGGCAUGCGGGGCCCCAAGAAGGGCAGCGUGGUCAAGCGGCGGCUGGUGAAGCUGGUGGUCAAUUUCCUUUUCUACUUCCGGACGGACGAGGCCGAGCCCGUCGGAGCCCUGCUGCUGGAGCACUGCAAAGUGAGCCCGGAAGAGCCCAGCGGCUUCUCCAUCAGCUUCUUGGAAGACCCUGACCGGAAGUACCACUUCGAAUGCUGCAGUGCUGAGCAGUGUCAGGAAUGGAUGGAGGCUCUGCGGAGAGCCAGCUACGAGUUCAUGCGCCGAAGCCUCAUCUUCUACAGGAGUGAGAUCCAGAAGAUGACGGGCAAGGACCCCCUGGAGCAGUUUGGCAUCUCGGAGGAGGCCAGGUUUCAGCUGAGCGGCCUGAAAGCUUGAGCACUGUUCUCGGGGCUGCCUGGCUGCCCUGGGGCCCCAGCCUGCGGUUGGGUUUGGACUCAAAGAUGGGGUGCCUGCAGAGCAGCGCCUCUGGAGAAGCACCUCGCCAGCUGCCCUUUGCAGGUGGGGCACCCCGGCCAGCGGUACGAUGCUGAGCACCGAGUGAGGAGCUGGACUGUGCGUGCACUCGGCGGGGUUGAAUGUACUAAGGAGCUCGGGGCUCCUAAACUGUGAAGGGGGGUGGGGAGCCUGGGACCCUGCUGACCUGGGCAGGCCCUGCUGGCUCCUUCCUUUGCACAAUAAAGGUACCUCUUUUAUACUGGG